GGGGGGGGGCGGUGCCAGGACCCCCGGUGCUGAGGGGAGGUCCCAGUGCCGGCACCCCCGGUGCUGGGGAGGGCCUGGUGCCAGGCCCCCGGUGCUGAGCCACCUCUCCCCGCUGCAGGCAGGACUGGCCUGGCCGGCUGGGAGCCCCGGGGCGGGGGGUCGCCCUCCCGUCACCCCCCGCUCCCACGAUGACGGAUUUGCUCCUCAACGUGGACUUACCCCCUGUGAGCGCCCCCGGCAGGAAGGAGCCCGGUAACCCCAAGCACCGGCAGUUCCUGCGGCGGCGGCGGGUGCUGGAGCAGCGGGGUGUGCUGAAGCAGAAGCAGCUGCCGGUGGUCCAGCCGCCAGCAGGGAGAGGCUCCCUGAAGAAGCCAGGUCGGAGGGGGAAGGGGCUGGGGGCAGCCGGGGGACACCAGGAGAAACGGAACCCCCAGCCCAAGCCGUGCCGCAAAGCCAACGGUGCCACAUCUGUCACCCGGCCCAGUGCGGCCACGCAGAAUAGCUCCGCCAGCUCCAACAGGACAGGGCUUCCCUUGAAAAUCAAGGCGAAGCCCCGUGGGACGGCGAAGAGCAAGCGAAGCCCCCCUGCCUUCCCCCCGCAGCCCCCCAAACUGGUGGCCAUAGACUGUGAGAUGGUGGGCACAGGGCCUGGCGGGCGCACCAGCGACCUGGCGCGCUGUAGCAUCGUUGGCUACAACGGCGACGUCAUGUACGACCAGUACAUCCGUCCCGUCGCCCCCAUCGUGGAUUAUCGCACCCGCUGGAGCGGCAUCCGCCGGCACCACAUGGCCAACGCCGUCCCCUUCAGCAAGGCCCAGCGAGAGAUCUUGCGCAUCCUCGCUGGGAAGAUCGUGGUCGGCCACGCCGUCUCCAACGACUUCAAGGCGCUCAAGUACUUCCACCCGAAGGCGCUCACCCGGGACACGUCCCGGAUCCCCCUGCACCGUAAGGGCGGCUUCCCUGAGAACGUCUCCAUCUCCCUGAAGCGCCUCACCAAGCAGCUGCUCCACAAGGAUAUCCAGGUCGGGAAAACCGGCCACUGCUCGGUGGAGGACGCCCGGGCCACCAUGGAGCUCUACAAGGUGGUGGAGGCAGAGUGGGAGCAACACCUGAUGCUGAACCCCGAGCAGGACUGACAGCCCCGCACCCCCAUCCUGCGCCCCAGGGGGGGCCCAGAGCCCGCAGGGAGGAACCGGGAGCGCGCCGAGGGGCCACUCCAUCCCUCCGGGCGAGGUAGCGGGGACGGUGGGAGCCAGGCGGGACCGUCCCUGUGCCCCGGUGUGCCUUGUCACGCCACUGCUGUUGUGCUCCGUCCUCCCCCAGGGACAUGGGGGAGAGCUGGGGCCAGCCUGUGCCUUGCCAGGGGGGGCUUUGGGUGCUGCCCGCCCCCCCGCCAGAACAGCUCGGUGCUGCCGGAGGUGCCGAUAACGCCGCGGGGCUGUGGGUCUGGGUGCGGCGUCGGGGCUUUGCCAGCCACAUGCGCUCAGUUACCGGAGGCAGGGGGGGGGAUCCGUGCCCGGAGCAGGCUCCUUCCCUCCCGGUUUCUUCCCAUCUUGCAAAACUACCUCUGACAAGGGCAGGAACUGCCGAAGGCUCCGGGGCUGGGGCGUGGGAGCGGGCAGCGCGCGGGAGGUGGGAAGCGGAUCCUGCCGGAAAGUCCCUGCUCCCAUUUCAGAGCCU